AUGCUAGUGUGCCCACACUGCGCCAGGGAACAAGGGGUUUACUCGAGCCACUCCGGCGCAGCACACCGGCCGGCCCUCGAAAAUACCUGCAGCAUUCCCUCCCGGCAGUCGGUCCGCUUGUCACCACCAACGUAUCGUUCGACCUGCAAGAAUGGGUCGAUUCCAAGAAUAUCAAGUCGUCGGACGCAAGCUCCCGUCCGAAAAGGAUGCCAAACCAAGCUCUACCGGAUGAGGACAAACAUACCAGGCCACGUGGUCGCAAAAUCUCGAUUCUGGUACUAUCUCCGUCAACUUCGAAACGCCAAGAAGGCUUCCGGGGAGAUUGUUGGAUUGAACGUGAUUCACGAAAAGAAACCUCUCAAAGUCAAAAACUUUGGCAUCUGGCUCCGAUACGACUCCCGCUCUGGUACUCACAACAUGUACAAGGAAUUCCGAGAGCUAUCCCGAGUUGAUGCUGCCCAGGCCUGCUACCAAGACAUGGCUUCCCGCCACCGUGCUCGAUUCCGCUCCAUUCAGAUUCUUCGAAUUGCUGAAAUCGAGAAGGCUUCUGAUGUCCGUCGUCCCAACAUCAAGCAACUGCUUGUUCCCAAGCUUCGAUUCCCAUUGCCCCACCGCGUCGUCAAGUACCGAAGCAAAUUCCUUGCCACAAGACCCUCAACUUUUUACUAA